AUGAUAGCACUGAAGGCCUCCUGGCAAGUAACGGUCGACAUGUUCAGCAUAGUACUGAAGAACUCCUGGCACAGCCCAACUAUCAGAUCACCUCGACUGACGAUCAGCCAUCCAAUCUACACCUCUAAUGAUCAGAAUCUUUAUGCUAUUACCGAUACGGGGGAAAUGUAUGACUACUGGCAGAUUCCCGUAAUGAACGAUAAUUUCUGGUUCGAUGAUCCUGACGCUGCAUGGGGAGAUGGGAUGCUAGACUCGACUUCACCAGUCUCAAACCGCUUAUUCUCCACGCCUCUCCAGAGCUUGACCACGACAAUGCAAGACUAUUUCGAUCGAAAAUCGAGGGCGCCUUCGCCUUCACUCAACAAAGUCAGUCGGAUGUGGUAUUCAGCUCCGCCUGACCUUACCAACCACAAUAAGGAUAUCGUGAAGAUAUUCCUCAGCCUUUUCAGAAAACAUAUCCCAAAUACGUUUCCGUUGUUCAACGCUGCCGUGCGAAGCCGCAAAGAUCGGGCGGCCUUCACACUCGCAAUGGCGGCUACAGGUGGAAUGUUCUGUAGAGUGGCAGGCAGCACAGCAGUCGCCAAGUCGAUGUACAAUGAUGCUCGGAGAUUGCUCCUGGCUUCGUUCAGCGUCCGAGAUACGACAACAACCGAAAGCUCGUCACCGCAGGAUAGACUGGUGGUAGUCAAGACCUUCAUCCUGCUCGAGUUAUAUGGCCUCUGCAGUGGCGAUAAAAGAAGCUACGAAUUUGUGGAGGCCUUUCAUGGUAAUCUCAUACAUGCAUUGCAAGAAUAUAGCCAUGCAUGCCAGGUAUUUCCCAAAGAUCUGGAGACAGAGGAGCAGAAUGCACACUUGCUCGAAUCGCUGUACAUUCUCGACUGCUACCACGUGGUCAUCAUUCAACAUCCACCCUCGCUAUCCUGGCACCACAUCGAUUCGUUUGCCAAUUCAGCUCCGCCGGGAAGUCGGACGCAUCGAUUAGGCCAAUGUCUGCAGGAACUCACCAAUGGCCACGUACCGACCACUCCACCUACAGAUGGAUAUAGCUUGCCAAGUCUCGCAGCCUUGUGCGUGUAUUUGUCUCCUGCAGCAUAUGCACGACAGAACAGGUAUGGAAGCGACGAGGUUGUAAUCGAAAGCUUGUCACUGUGGAAGCCUGACUUUGCCGGGUCAGCUUGCAACAACUGGCUUCGGGCAGUAGGCGGGAAGGGGAAUCCGUCUGAGCUCGCCAUCUACCAUCUAAUGAGCAUCAUGCUCCACGCAAACCUGGCUGUGGUUCAGCAUUUCGCGCACUCGCCUCCCGGCUCGGCGGCGCGAGACGCAAAGAAGAGUGCAAUAGGGAAGGAGAUCAACGCAUGGGUGCAUUCCAGGCACUAUCAGAUUGCCUACUGGCACGCUGAACAACUAAUCACGACUAUUGAAGGGGCCUUCAUGUUGUCUAGGAACAGACCAGAGCAGCUGCCGUCCUCGCGCGCAUCGGUCCAUGCAGAACCACGACGACUGCCGUACGAAGCGCCACACGUCCCAUAUGCGGUAUACUACGCUACACUGGUCGUCUGGUGCCGUUCGGUCCUCGAGGAAAAGACUAAGUCGUCCGCUUCCGGCAGCUGGGCUUCAAUUGCCAGAGGAGAACGUAUUCUGUCAUUGCACGAUGUGCACAUCGCCCAGCUACUGGCACAUGUCUUGAACGAGGUCAAAUGA